CCUGGGCUGAUUAGAAUUCACUGCAGGUAGGCACUGGCUGCUGCUCACCCACUGUGUCACGGCUAAAAUGGAAUCACUGUUGUGAGUGGCAGUCUGGGCAACUGAAGCCUGCUUCCCCUGGCCUGCUCCUUUGUUGCCAGCAUUCACCUCACUUUACCCCUUAGGCAGGUGGAUUUACAUGUCUGGAUUGGCAAAGGAAGGCGGAGAGGGAACAUACAUGUUUGCAUUGUCUAACAGUAACCUCAAUAAAGGCCAAAGGCAUCAGAAUACAGUUAGAGGCAAGGGAAAGAAAAGAAGAAGAAGAAGAAGAAGAAGAAGAAGAAGACAUUAAUUCCACAUUACAGAUUCCAACUGCCAUUAAAACACCAAGAACAGUUACAUCUUGCAGAACAACACAGCAUUUGGACUGAGAGGACUGACAGCCUUGCCUAUAGCACCCGGCCUCUGAUCAGCCAUCUCCACCAGCAAACUGAAGCUUGACCCGCACUUCAUCACCAGCCACACAAGCAUCUUCGUAACAGAACGUCAUCUGACUGUGACAUCAGUUGCAAGGGGAUGACCGAGCGCAUUCAUAACAUCAAUCUCCACAACUUCAGCAACUCUGUACUCGAGACCCUCAAUGAGCAGCGCAACCGUGGGCACUUCUGUGACGUGACUGUUCGGAUCCAUGGAAGUAUGCUGCGAGCUCACCGGUGCGUGCUGGCUGCUGGAAGCCCCUUCUUUCAGGACAAGCUGCUCUUGGGCUACAGCGACAUUGAGAUCCCGUCUGUGGUCUCAGUGCAAUCCAUCCAAAAGCUGAUUGACUUUAUGUACAGUGGGAUUCUACGGGUAUCUCAAUCAGAAGCCCUGCAGAUCCUUACUGCUGCCAGCAUCCUUCAGAUCAAGACCGUCAUUGAUGAGUGCACCCGUAUCGUGUCCCAGAAUGUGGGCCUGCCUGGGCCGGGAGGGUUUCCUGUUAUACCAGGAGACUCUGGUCAGGAAACACCCCGUGGCACACCAGAGUCUGGCACCUCUGGGCCCAGCAGUGACGCAGAGUCAGGUUAUAUGCAAGCAACAUCACAGCAAAGCAUGGAUCGUGCAUACACAUCACUGUACACCUACCCUGGCCUCUCUCUGCAGAACGGCACCCGCGAGCGCCCCCUUUACAUUAACCCUCUGUCAACAAACUACGAUUCAUCUCUCAGCACUCAGAAGGACCAGCAGUCUCAAGAUCCGCCCUGGAUAAACCGCAUCCAGCAGGUCGAUCGCUUCAUCUCCACAGCAGAGUCCACUCACUGCCGCAAGCAAACCCGACCGGUACGCAUACAAACAGGAGAGAUGCACAUAAAGCAGGAGGCUGAAGACGAGUACACCUGCUACGAUAAUUUGGGGGACUGCCAAGACGACACUGACCACACUGAGGGUGUAGAGAGUGAAUCCAAGGUUGAAAGUUUUGACUCAGGAGUGAGCUCCUCCAUCAGUACUGAGCCAGACGCAAUGGAGCAGCAGCCGUACCAGACGAGCUUUGGGAGUGGUGAAGGACACCAAGGUGAAGGAGCUCCAGUGCAGAUAGAGGUCAACGACUCGUCCCCGGAGCAAGUGCAAGAAAUAGAGGACGGGGAAACAUCCCACAGCACUAGUGACAGUAGCAUGAUACAGCCCCUGUCCAACUCAGUCAUGUCCCAGUCCCUGCCAAGUGCCCCGCACUACAUGCGCCAGACAGACACACACACCAGCAAUCUGAGGAUGCCGAUCACCGUGACCAGCAAUUCCCAAGUGAUAGGCGCUGCUGGAAGCACCUUCCUUCCCACACUCUUUCCUACACAGCCGGCUAGAGACACACCUUUCCGUUACCUUUCUGCCCAGCAGCAACAGUUUGUGCCAGUGCCGCCUCCUGCAUUGCCAUCAUUCCCAAACCCAAUGUCGGUACCGCAAGGUCAACAGCAACAGGCUGGAGUAGGAAUUGGUCAGGGGGAAAAGAAGCCCUAUGAAUGCACUCUCUGCAGUAAAACCUUUACUGCAAAACAGAACUACGUCAAACACAUGUUUGUUCAUACCGGUGAGAAGCCUCAUCAGUGCAGCAUCUGCUGGCGCUCAUUCUCCCUGAAGGAUUACUUAAUCAAACACAUGGUGACACACACGGGGGUGCGGGCCUACCAGUGCAGCAUCUGCAACAAGCGUUUCACCCAGAAGAGCUCUCUCAAUGUCCACAUGCGGCUGCACCGUGGAGAGAAAUCCUAUGAAUGCUACAUCUGCAAGAAGAAGUUCUCACACAAGACCCUGCUGGAGAGGCACAUGGCCCUGCACAGCACAGGCAGCGCCAUCACGGGGCUGUCGGUGAGCGCAACCACCCCUGGCCCCGUCUCCAUUCCCAUGCCCAUGGCUGUCCCCGAGCCUGGGGCUGGAGUGGUGGCACUCGCCAUGCCAGUGAGUGGAGGUGCUGGAGUAGGGGCUGGGGUUGGAACAGGAGUGGGUGUAGCUGCAGAAGCGAGCUGCCAAGAAGGGACCACCUACGUGUGCUCCGUCUGCCCUGCCAAGUUCGACCAAAUGGAGCACUUCAAUGACCACAUGCGAAUGCAUGUCUCCGAUGGAUAAGUACAAAUAGAUAAACUUCUUUCAAAAAGAAUGACAAACAAAAUGGCACUAGAUUUUCCUUUUCUUAUUUUGAGGUAUGAAGAGUAAUGAGUAUAGACACUGGCACAUUAAGUUUCCCAAAAAAAAAAAAAAAAAAUUUUUUUUUUUUUUUCUGUUAUUCUAAAAGAAAAAAAAGAUGGUGGCCUUAAGGCUUAGUAGUUUGAUAUUGAUCUACUGGAUGGAUCCUAACUACAGGCCUCUAAAUGUAUGCUUUCCUAAAAAUACUGAUUUAUGUGUUGAACACUACCGAAAGGCCUACGAAAGAAACACAUACACACAAACACACCUGUAGUGUAGACAUGUCUGAGUGCAUAUACAUGUGCAUUUAUGUCGGAGCGUUUGUCUAUUCCCAUGUAUCUGUCUGCGUGUGCAUGCGCGCGUGUGUGUGUGUGUGUGUGUGUGUGUGUGUGUGUGCAUUGCCAUGAAACCUAAAUCAUGGCACUUAUAAAACCAUGCUGACCAGUUUGGAACCUAAAGAUGUCCAAGCUUACUGUGGUAUAAUUUACAACGACAAUAACAAAAAAAAAAAAUAUCAUCUGGGGUUGGGCUAAAUAUUCCCUCUAAGAAUACCGAUGGUCACAAGAUUGCCUUCUUAUGUAAAAUAAAAAAAAAUGAGAAUA